ACCCCCGGCGGCGGCAGCAGCAGCAGCACCGGCGGCGAGCGGCGGCGCCGCCGUUAACCGGCCGCUCGCCCCGCCCCUUCCGUGACGUCACUUCCGCCGUGCGGCCUCCCCGUGAGGCCUGCGUGGCCUCCCCCCCGGGGGGGGCCCGGGGAUGAUGCGGAGCCAGUGCCUGCUGGGCAUGCGCGGGUUUGUGGCCUUCGCCGCCCGGCUCUGGAGCUUCGUGCUCUACCUGAUGCGGCGGCACGUGCGGACGGUGAUCCAGUACCAGACCGUGCGCUAUGAUGUCCUCCCAUUGUCCCCCAUCUCCAGGAACCGUCUAAACCAGGUCAAGAGGAAGAUCCUGGUGCUGGACCUGGAUGAGACCCUGAUCCAUUCCCACCAUGAUGGGGUCCUGCGCCCCACGGUGCGGCCGGGGACCCCCCCGGACUUCAUUCUCAAGGUUGUCAUUGACAAGCACCCAGUGAGGUUCUUCGUGCACAAGAGGCCGCACGUGGAUUUCUUCUUGGAGGUGGUGAGCCAAUGGUACGAGCUGGUUGUGUUCACGGCCAGCAUGGAGAUCUACGGCAGCGCCGUGGCCGACAAGCUGGACAACAACCGCUGCAUCCUCAGCCGGCGCUACUACCGCCAGCACUGCACGCUGGAGCUGGGCAGUUACAUCAAGGACCUGUCCGUGGUGCACAGUGACCUCUCCAGCAUCGUCAUCCUCGACAACUCCCCCGGCGCCUACCGCAGCCACCCAGACAACGCCAUCCCCAUCAAGUCCUGGUUCAGUGACCCCAGUGACACGGCGCUGCUCAACCUCCUGCCUAUGUUGGAUGCCUUGAGGUUCACCGCUGACGUCCGCUCCGUGCUGAGCCGGAACCUGCACCAGCACCGGCUGUGGUGACACCGACCCCCCCCCCCCUUUAACGGACAGUGCCAGCGUCCCCCCCUUUAUCUCCAUACCCCCCAUCACCCCCCCUCCAUCCACAAUGGACUCUUCCUGCGCCUUCGGAACCCCCCCCCAUGGGGGGGGAUGGACUCUGCGCUAAGAGGGGGGGGUUAAAGCGACCCCGCGCACCCCAAAUCGGUGCUUUGGGGGGGGGGGGCGGGGCAAAGACCCCUCCCCCACUGUGGACACGGACAUUAAGGGGGGGAUCCCCCCCCCGUUUUGUUUUUAAAAGACCUUGGUCCCACCCGCGCUGUUCUCGGCCUGUCUGUGCUAUGGGGGGAGACCCCCUUAAUACGGGGGGGGUCUUGGGACCCCCCGAAACCGCUUUAAACAGCGGAUAUUGGGGGGGGUCCCUUUAACACCCCCCCACUACGGUAAUGGUUCAGUCCAUGCCUUCGCCUUGGCCACGCCCCCCGGGGAGGGUCACGUGGUGGCAGUGUUUACCUCCGCGCCGCGCC